AUGGCUCCAGCACUCAUCGAAGAAGUCACCGAAAAGUCUACUGUCGGCUACAAAUCUGGAGUCGGUCAGUAUAAAGAAGCUGCCUUUGGUGGCCCGAAAGUAUUCCAAAAGGAGCUCGAGCUGCGUGGCACGGACAAGCACGCGCCUGCCAAAUACCCACACUACCUCCCGACUUGGGACAAUGAGAAGGGACAGAAGCGACCAUUCGAGCACACUGAGCAUGGAAAAGAUGCCGAUCCCUCUUUUCCCAACCUGUUGAAGGAUGCGACGGUCGCCGAUAUUACAGCAAACAUCGGUGCUGAAGUUCAUGGUGUCGAGCUAAGCAAGUUGACCGAUGCCGGCAAGGAUGAACUCGCACUCUUUGUCGCCCAGAAGAAAGUCGUAGCGUUCCGCGACCAGGACUUUGCAGACGUCCCGAUUAAAGACGCACUCGCCUUCGGUGGAUACUUCGGUCGACACCAUAUACACCCUACAUCUGGGGCUCCUGAGGGCUAUCCCGAGGUUCACCUCGUUCACCGAGGUACUGAUGACACUACCGCGCGGGACUUCUUCGAAGAGCGGACGAACUCGAUUACCUGGCAUUCAGAUGUGACGUAUGAGAAACAGCCGCCUGGAACUACCUUCUUGUACCUUCUAGAUGGGCCAGCUGCGGGAGGCGAUACUUUGUUCGCAAACCAGGCGGCAGCGUACAACAGACUCUCGCCAGAGUUCAGGAAGCGACUCCACGGCCUUAGAGUCGUUCACUCAGCUGUCGAGCAGGCCGACAAUAGCAAGAACAGAGGUGGCGUCGUCCGUCGUGAUCCGGUGACCUCAAUCCAUCCGCUCGUGCGAACACAUCCUGCGACAGGCGAGAAGGCGCUCUUCGUGAAUCCCCAAUUUAGUCGACGCAUCGUAGGCUUCAAGAAGGAGGAGUCGGACUUCCUGCUCAACUUCUUAUACGAUCAUAUUGCAAAGGGUCAGGACUUUCAGGCACGCGUCAAGUGGGCGCCUGGUACCGUUGUGGUUUGGGAUAAUCGCGUUACAGCGCACAGUGCGUUGCUCGACUGGGAUGAUGGCGCGCGCAGGCAUUUGGCGAGAAUUACGCCGCAGGCCGAGGCUCCUUAUGAGACCGAAUUUGAAGAGCGGAAGGCUGCUGGCUUUGAGUAUUAG